AUGAACGCCUACGACAGCGCAGUCGCAAGCAUAGCCGCCAGCAAGUUGCCGUUCCGGAUCUAUCACAGCUCAACCAACAGCACACGGAAAUCCCAGUACGAGCGCAGCCUCAUGGUGGACACGUCCGAGCUGGCGAAGGAACUCUUGGGGUUACUAUUCUUUUGGAAAUUUCAAUUAGUUGAUCGAUGCAAAAGAGAGAGACUCCCGGAGAAACAGCAGCAGCAGCGGGCGCCGACCACAGACGGCCAUGCCCCCCGUGAUUUUCUCUUCUUCCGCUAUGACCGCGGCGGCUUCUGUGUCGCGAGGUAUGCGUACAAGUACUUCGUGCUCGAUCGCAUCGCAUGA